GUCUGGGUGACUGACUGAUGAGAGAGCUGAAAGAAAAAGCAAAGAAUUUUGAUUUUUGAAUGCAAAAAGGGAAAAAAUAUUACUAUUAGCAUUGGUUUGAUCAUCCAAAAGGAAAAACCCAAACCAAAUUCUCAAACACAAACCUAACGACUACGACGAGGACACCACCAACCCACCAUGUUCGCCAAGAAGUUGUUGCACAAAGCUGUGCUCCACCAUUCCAACCAUAGUAAGUUCCAACACCAUAGAGGCUUGAAGUCAAGUGAGUUGGAUCCAAGAAUUGUGAUCCACUAUGGCAUUCCAUCAACGGCUUCAGUUCUCGCCUUUGAUUCCAUUCAGAGACUGUUGGCUAUUGGAACGCUGGAUGGAAGACUAAAGGUGAUUGGCGGUGAUAAUAUUGAGGGAAUUUUGAUUUCUCCUAAGCAAUUGCCUUAUAAGCACUUGGAGUUCCUUCAGAACCAGGGGUACUUAGUUGGUGUAUUAAAUGACAAUGAUAUCCAGAUUUGGAGUCUCGAGAGCAGAAGCCUUGUUUGUUCUUUAGAAUGGGAAUCGAACAUUACUGCUUUCUCUGUAAUUAGUGGCUCCCACUUCAUUUAUGUCGGAGAUGAGCAUGGAUCAUUUUCUGUGGUAAAGUUUGAAGCUGAGGAAGGACAACUACUUAAGUCAUCAUAUGAUUUGUCUGCAAAAUUUCUAAGAGAAGCUGCCGGGUUUUCAGAUUACAGUGACCAACCAAUUGUAGGAAUUCUUUCACAACCUUCGUCUUUUGGGAACAGACUGUUGAUUGCAUUUCAGGAUGGACUGCUAAUUCUUUGGGAUAUAGCUGAAUCUAAAAUCGUGUUCGUUGGUGGAGGAAAGGAUCUCCAAUUGAAGGAUCAAGGUAGUGACUCAUCCGUUGAACCAGACACCAAUGUUCCAUCCGAUAGUAUUGAACAAAAUCUUGGUGACAAAGAGAUAAGUGCUCUGUGCUGGGCGUCUUUGAGUGGGUCCAUUCUUGCUGUGGGAUACUUAGAUGGAGAUAUCCUUUUCUGGAAUUUAUCAUCCACAGCACCUUCUAAAGGUCAACAAAAUUCAUCUAAAAAUGUUGUUAAGCUACAAUUGUCAAGUGCAGAAAGAAGACUCCCGGUCAUUGUCUUGCAAUGGUCCAGCAACCAAAAAUCCCGUAGUGAUUGUGAUGGACAGUUGUUUGUCUACGGUGGUGAUGAAAUUGGAUCUGAAGAAGUUUUGACUGUUUUAACUCUUGAAUGGUCAUCUGGGAUGGAGACAGUAAAAUGCAUCAGUCGUGCAGACCUUACCCUUAGUGGCUCUUUUGCAGACUUGAUUUUACUGCCAAGAGCCGGGGCAAUGGAGCUGAACACCAAAGCCGAUCUUUUUGUGUUGACAAACCCUGGACAGCUACAUUUUUAUGAUAAUGAUAACCUGUCUGCAUUAACAUCUCAGCAGAACAGGACCCCAUCUAUAGAUGCUUUGGAGUUUCCAGUGCUAAUACCUAUUGCUGAUCCUUCUUUGACUGUUACACAACUUGUCAGGUUGCCCAGUGAGUCAACUUCAUCUAAGAUUCUAACUGAGGUAGCCUCAGUUCUAAGAACAGGCUCAACACCUAGUUUAGCAACUCCUUCAAAUUGGCCGUUGACUGGUGGUGUUCCCAGCCAUUUGUCCACACCUAAAGGUUCUGGGAUUGAGAGAGUUUAUUUUGCUGGUUAUUCGGAUGGAUCUGUCCUAGUCUGUGAUGCUACACAUCCAGUCUUAUCUUAUAUUUGCUACAUAGAGGGAGAGGUGAAAGAUAUAAAAGUGGCUGGUUCAAGUGCUCCAGUGACAAAAUUGGACUUCUGCUCGGUCUCCCUACUUUUGGCUAUUGGCAAUGAGAGCGGUCUUGUUUGCAUUUAUGACCUCCAAGGCCAUUCUGAUGGGAGAAAUUGUCAUUUUGUCACAGAAACAAAGAGUGAAGUCCAUGAAUCUCCACAAGGAAAGGGAACCCAUUGUAGUGCUGUUAUUUCCCUUCUUGGUUCUCCAGUACAAGCAUUAUCAUUUUCAAAUUCUGGAACAAAACUUGCUAUUGGAUAUUCAAGUGGCCGUGUUGCAGUCUGUGAUAUGACUUCAAUGUCAGUUUUGUUCAUGAUCGACGGUGUACCAAUCUCAAGCUCUCCAAUCACUUCAAUGAUUUGGAAAGAACAAGCACGAUUCCAUAGUGCUUUGAAUAGUCCAAAGCAAUCAGAAACAUCAAGCACAGGCAACUCUCUUGAAGAAAUAAUAUUCAUCUUGUCUCGGGAUGGAAAGAUUAAUAUAGUGGAAGGUGAUACUGGUAAAAUGAUUUCCAGCCAACCAUUACACGUGAAAGAAUCAACUGCAAUUUCAAUACAUGUUAUAGAGGAUAGCAUCGCGACUACUGAAGCAACAAAUGACAGACAUGAGGAGGAGCCCUUGAAGGAUACUGCUAGUGCUAGCCCUGAUGAACCUGUUCGAGAAAGUAACUCAACUGGCAUAAAUUCAUCAGAGGCUGAAAGUUCCUCUUCGGAAGUAACAGCUGCUGGGGAUUUACUUUUUGAUCCACUUGUUCUGCUUUGCUGUGAGAAUUCAUUGCGGCUAUUCUCUGCAAAAUCAUUGAUACAGGGAAAUAAGAAACCAAUUCGAAAAGUGAAAGAUACCAAGUCCUACUAUUGGACUACAAUUUUAAAGAAAGAUGACAAAUUUUGUGGGCUACUAUCGUUGCUUCAGACUGGAAUAUUUGAGAUCAGGUCUUUACCAGAUUUGGAAUUGGUUACAGAAAGCUCUUUAUUAUCAAUCUUAAGGUGGAAUUAUAAAGUGAAUAUGGACAAAACCUUGUGUUCUGAUGAUAAUGGAAAUAUUGCACUGGCUAAUGGUUCUGAAUUGACAUUUAUCUCAUUACUAGCCGGUGAAGACAAAUUCAGGAAUCUGGAGCGUUUGCCUUGUCUUCAUGAUAAAGUUCUUGCAGCUGCUGCUGAUGCUGCCUUUAGAUUUUCUUCGAGCCAGAAGAAAAAACAGAUCUCUGCACCAGGAAUUUUAGGUGGUAUUGUCAAAGGAUUUAAAGGAGGGAAAGCCUCUCCAACCAAUAUGAUUAAAAUUCAACCCUCCAAUUUCAUGCAUUUGGAAGACAAAUUCUAUAAGUCCCCCCGGUCAGAUUUUCAUCAAACAGUUUCAGAUGAAUUGGAACUCAAUAUAGAUGACAUUGAAAUAGAUGAGCCCAUAACCGAGGUGUCUACGUAUUCACCUAAUGUUAAGAACAAACAGAAAGAUAACUUGCGAGAAAGGGAGAAACUAUUUGAAGGUGCAACUAGUGAUGAUGUGAAACCAAGACUUAGAACUCCUGAAGAAAUAAUGGCUACUUAUAGAAAAACUGGGGAUGCUUCUUCAGCUGCUGGCCAAGCAAGAAACAAGCUUGUGGAGAGGCAGGAAAAAUUGGAGAGAAUAAGCCAACGCACUGCAGAACUGCAAAGUGGAGCUGAAGAUUUUGCAUCAUUAGCAAAUGAGCUAGUGAAGACCAUGGAAAGGAGGAAAUGGUGGCAAAUAUAGAGAGAGAAAAAAGAAAAAAGGUGUGGGGGCCUUGGUUUGCUCAAUCAAUUCUGUAUUUAUUAUCUUGUCUUGUAUAUUAUAUAUGUGUGGCCGGUGUGGCCAUUGGUUUUGUUUUUCGUUUUA